AUGGAUGCAGUUGAUAUGGUGUUCGUAGGAUCAAAUGGAGUGCUUGAAAGUGGUGUGAUGAGCAUGUUUGGGGAGCGGCUUCAAGAUGAGAACGAACCAAUGUACGUGGUCGAUGGUCAUCAAUCACUUUAUCUGUUAGAGAGAGGAAAGAAUAAAUUGAUGGAUGGGAGGGUUGUUUUCCCUGGUUCUUUAUUACAUGCAAUCCCACAUUCAGCUCAACGAAUAUCGGGAUUGAGUGGUAUGGUUAUGAAGCCACUUCUCCAUGAGAGGAAGAGGGCGAGAAGGAAAAUUGAUGUGUUAUCCGGUUGCGGUCAUGAUAACGGAUUACUCUCCCCCAUUCCUGCCGUAAGAGAUCCUCUAGAUCUUCGAAUAGUUUACAUAGUUUUUUCGUUCCAUCUACCAACAAACUUCUGUUUGGAAACUGUCGAGCUAGAAAUCAGAAAUCACAAAUCACAGGGUUCUGUUCACGUGACUUUGCCUUUGAAUGCCGAUGAAGAUGACAUUGUCACGACACUAGAAUCGACAUUAGAGAAGUUUAAGAAUGUCGAAAGAUGCCAAGAAUCAGUGGGCUGCCUCAGAAUCAAUGAAAACAAUAGCUAA